ACCACGCCCAUCCCAUGAGUGCAUAGACAAAUGUUUGAACACGUUACGGGGAAAGCAGCGCAAUGGACUUUCAACAGCAGGUUGAAGACAUUAUUGCCAACGCCCAAUUUGGUGAUUUGAUUGAGUUCUCUUACCCUGUUGGAUUUUCACAUUGGGGCGUGUAUGAUGGAGAUGGUCAUGUGAUCCAUUUUGCGGUUGCAGAUGAAGGAGAUGUGAUGAAAAGAUUCCGUGGUUGCCUGCAAACAGUGUUCCCCUUGUGUGGAGACUUGCUGCUUGGGGAUACAAAAAUACGUCGACAACCCUUAGCAGAGAUUAAUGUACCAGAUGGAGCUCAUAUCCUGAUCAGCAACAAUCGCCAUACCUUUAAGCCAUCAGAAGAGCCUAUAAUGAGACUGCGUAGAAAUUUACUUCUGGAAAAGGAGUUACCUUACAAUCUAUUCAAACUGAACUGUGAACACUUUGCCACAUUUAUUCGAUAUGGAAAGGCUGUGUGCAAUCAGAUCCCUGGCAAGACCAAGAACAAGGAACAAGAAGAAGCAACAGAAACUUUCCAAAAACUUGUGUCCUAACUCGUGUUCUUAUCAUUCAAGCGUAUAGAGCAUUUUUAUAUUGAAUUGGUUACUUUUAUUCCAGUAGUAGUCGUUUUACAAAUAAUUUGUCUUUCCUGUAAUGUCUCUUCUAUUAUGCUGAUAUUGUAUGCUUCAAUAUUCUCACGUGAAAUAUAAACUAGGCCCACUAGGCCCACACAGAAAUUAACUCCUGCAAUCAAUGUUAGAAUAGAACAGCAAACUUACUCAGGCACCCUUAAUCGUCAUUAGGCUACUUACCAUUAUGACAAUAGAAAAUAAUUUAAAUUACUUAAAAUAACGACUAACAAUUACCUUGUAUUUCAUUUGAAACUGUAUCCUGGUUACACAUUAAAGAUGAUGGCCCUUUA